UUUCGCCUGCUGGGUAGGUUGUGAGAUGGGCAGAACUUGUCAUUUCUGAUUCGAUCAAAAUUGGAAUCAAAUUAACUCACAAAGAAACCUUAAGCAGGGGCGUCAGUACCACAAUGCCAUGGGGAGGUGAGCUGGGUACUGUCGGCAGGAGCUUCUCAGAGCUAGUUCCCAUGGGGCCAACCACCCUGUCAGCGGGCCUCGCCCCCCAUACCGCGCACUGAGACUGCCCCGCCCCGCCCCUGCCCCCACCACUCCAGCCCACCCAGCCAGGACCACCAUGAAGCCUGCCCACGAGCGCAACCAGGAGUGCCUUCCUCCCAAGAAACGGGACCUGCCGGUCAGCAGCAGCAGCGCGGGGGAAGGAGGGGGUGGAGAGGAACCGGCCCCUUCCCACGGCUCCGCCUCCACGGGCCGUGACACCCAAUCAGGAGCCGCCUCUGCCCCCGGGGAAUGGAUGCGGGUUCAGCCCGGGGUGCAUUACAGCGUGGAGAACUCGGACGGCGUGGGCGUGCCCGUCGACCAGUACGGCAUGCUUUAUAAAGUGGCCCUCCCUUCCGUCACCUACUCCCCUACCAGCCUGCACCCGGUUUUAAGCCACAUCUCCCCCGCCUACACGGUCCCCUCCUCCAUCCUGCAGCACCCCGGCAUCCCCUACCCCCCCUUAGGAUACGCCCAUAUCCCCCACUCCUCCCUGCAGUUUGUGAGCUCCCCUUACGCGGUCCCUUACGCCGUGCCGCCAGGCUUCGUCCCCGGCCCGCUGAUAUCGCCCCAGUCCACCGUCCCCCAGCCCCACCACGUCUCGCACCUGGUGCCCUACCCGUCUGUCAUUCAGGAGGGCGUGGUCUCCCCUCCCCCACAGCCUGCCACCUCAGCCCAUGCCUUUGCCAAAGUCGCUGCGGCCGGCAACCUCCCGCUGGUGCUGUCCCCGGAGCAGACCGCCCAGCAGCACCUGGGCCCUGCCGAGGUCGCCCCCAGGGGCGUGCCGGUCUUCUACCACCACCCGGGCUCCAGGCCAGCCCAGCCGCCUCUGGGUUCGAGCUACCGGGACUCCCACGGGGGCCAACAGGAGCGGGAGAAGAAGGUGAACGGGGCGGAGGAGGAGCAGGAAGGGAGGGAGCUUCAGCUUCCCCACGACUCCGCCUACGCCUCCAGGAACGCCCGGGUGCUGCAUGCGGUGCCCGGCUCCGUCGAGGCCGAGCACCCUCAAGACAGGAUGCCCCCGAGCCGCAGGGCUGAGGAGAGGGGUUCCCCAGGACGCCCCAAAACCCCGGACACAGACCUGGAGGUCCAGCAGGUCGUAGGGCGUCUGGUGUCGGCAAACCAGGCCGUGACUGGGAUUCGCAAGGAGGCUUCUCUGGGCCCCCUGAACCUCUCUCAGGGGUCUCCGCGCGACAGAGAGGCCUUGCUGGGGGCUCGUGGGGACGAUGUUUAUGGACCAGGCCGGACGGUGUUCGUGCCACACCCUGCUGGCCCUGAUGAUUCCAGGGGCCCCCCCCAGCAGCAGCAGCAGCAGCAACAGCAGCCCACCCCCCAACACGCCGUGGUGCUGGCCAACGGGCAACCGGUCCUCGUCCCUCUGGACUACCACCAUCAGCCGCAUUACCAGGCCCCGCCCAACGAUGUGGCCGCCUCACCGAAAGCCUCCGAGCCUCCGGCCAGGCCAAACCCCCCUGACAGGGCCACGGUGGAGCUGGAGGCCCAGCUGCAGCAGCCUCAGCGGGACUCCGCCCCCGUCCCGUUCCCAGGAGGGGUGCAGGCCGUCGCCCCCUCCCCCUCCCCCGGCCCUUCGCAUUUCACCAAGGGAGCCAUCAUUCAGCUGGCCACCGGUGAGCUGAAGCGGGUGGAGGACCUGCAGACCCAGGACUUUGUGAGAAGCGCGGAGGUGAGCGGCGGGCUGAAGAUCGACUCCAGCAUGGUGGUGGACAUCCGCAAGAGCCAGAGGCCAGGGCUGGUGUCCCUGCACUUCACUGUCGGGGAGCAGCAGAGCAGGGUGGCCAUCGACGUUCCUCCCGAGCACCCCUUCUUCGUCUUCGGCCAGGGCUGGUCCUCCUGCAGCCCCGACCGGACAGCCCAGCUCUAUGGGCUGUCCUGCCACCACCUGCAGGCGGGCGACGUCUGUGUGUCAAUCACCCUGCAGCAGCCGCAGCAGCAGAGCCAAUCCCGGACCUCCGCCAAAGCCAGCUCCGCCCCCGCCGUUGCCUUCCGGCCAAUGGGGCCGCCGGCGCCCCAGCACCUGCGGCCCCCGACCCACUUCAGAGCUGAGAGGACUCAACGGGAGAGGGAGAGGGAGAGGGAGAGGGAGAGGGAGAGGGAGCGGGAGCGGGAGAGGGAGAGGGAGAGGGAGCGGGAGCGGAGAGGAGGGGAGGAGGAGGAGCCCAUGCAGGUGGGAGACACACCCUCCAGGCCUGACAGGACUUCAGCUGAGCACACUAGGAGCCGGAGCAGUUACUAUUUGCACAGCGAGGGCCCCCCCCAGCCAGUGGCAGGGGCGGGGGGGGUGACAUUGUUUACGAGUGCGGCCCAGAGGCGCUGGUCAGCCCCCGGCUUCCAAAGAUACGAGAUCAAGUGUGAGGAAGCGGCCCACCCGUCUGCCUCUUCCUCUUCCUCAUCCUCCUCCUCCUCCUCCAGCUCCUCGAGACCCUCCUUCAUCCCUCAGGAGGUCAAACUGUCCAUCGAGGGGCGCUCCAAUGCGGGGAAGUAGCAACAGCAAGAGAUUGUCAAAGAGUGCGUGAUGUAGAGAGUGAGGGUGAAUGAGUGUGAGAGAGAGAGAGAGGGAGAAAGUGUGUGAGAGAGAGAUAGAGAGAAAGAGCAGCCUCAGAUUGUUUGAGAUUUUGCACACUCAGAAAAGAUUGCAACCUCCUUCACCCUAACAAAAUGGCUCCGAAUCAGGACCGAUUGAGGCCUGUCAGUCCGGGUCAGGCUGUUUUGUCCAUUUCUCAUAGCUGGGCACGCACGGCAGACCCAGGGGACGUCAUUAUCACAUUCUGGAGGGGUUGGAGAAGCCGAAAAGCAGCGUCUGUGUUUGUGGCGGCCAUCUUGGCAUCGAAUCGUUGAAGAUAGCACUGGGCCAGAAUGGCUCGCUCUGGCCACAGAUGAAGAUCUCUGCUGGAUCGUUUUCACUGGUGUUUUUGAAAGUGCUCUGCCAGCAUUGAGUCCCUGUUAAAAGUACCGACCAAAGUGUUUUUUUUUUUUCUUUUUCUUUAAUCUGCGUUCCCACAGGAGGUGGGAUCCCGUCAUGACGAGUGUCAGAUCUUUGACCAAAAUCAAAUGCAGAAACCUGAGACUGAUGUCCUGCAUGAACCCGUGGAGCACCGCAUUCGUCAGACACUUGGGUCUGGCGCGGGGAGCCAAAGGGCAGCGCGUCUUGAUCCCCUACACUCUGUUGUAGGAGAAAUUCCUGAUGACAUUUUCCAGAAGAACAA